AUAAACCCAUGCGCUUUCUCCAACUGUCUGCUGAGCGACUGCUUCCAUGGAGGAGACACUCAUCACAGCAUAAAUUCAGUGGAAUCUAGCGUGUGAGAGAUGCUGCAGCUGUGUAAGGUCACAGACUCCCUGUUCAUCAGCAACGCACGAUCAGCAUGCAGUCCUGAGUUAAUCCAGCAGGAGGCAGUCACUCUCUGCAUCAACGUGUCUAAGCAGCAGCCCUCCCCCACUGGUCGCGUCAUCACGCUCCAGAUCCCUGUCUACGUUGACCCUAACGAGGACCUCUACCAGCACUUUGAUCAAUGUGCGGAUGCCAUAGCCAAAGAAGCCAUACGGGGUGGACACAGCGUUGCGUACUGUAAGAAUGGCCGCAGUCGCUCGGCAACCAUCUGUGUGGCAUACCUAAUGAAGCAACAGGGCCUGUCCUUAACAGAGGCCUUUCAGUGGUGGAGCCAAACCCAGGUUUCUGGACCCAGCUGGAGAAAUAUGAGCAGGAAAUAAAACCAGGAGGUCAGAGGACAGCAACCCCCUCAUCCACCCUCCAUCCUGAUUUAGUCU